AUGGCUACAGACCUUCAAUUGACUGAACAUCCACUGAUGAGUCCUCAGGCUGAGCUGAAACCUGAGAAAAAGUCAGAGCCCAGACCGAGGAGCCACGGGGACAGUGAACGACAGAAGGAACUGGUGAUCCCAGGGAUCGUGGAUUUUGAGCAGAUCUCAAAGGCUCUGAAGACUUCCAAGCCUCCAACCCCUGGCACCUACCGCUUUGGCCGCCUCAGCCACCACUCAUUCUUCUCCCGGCACCAUCCCCACCCCCAGCAUGUGACCCACAUCCAAGAUCUCACCGGGAAGCCCGUCUGUGUCGUCAGGGACAAGUUCUCUCUGGCCCCCCUGUCUGAGCCUACACUCUUCUCCCGCUGUCUGAUGGGGCUACCCGCCAUCUCUGUUCCCAUCGGAGACCCACAGUCUAAUCGGAAUCCCCAGCUUUCUUCUGAGGUCUGGAAGAGGGAGUUGAAGGAGCUGGCUUCCCGGGUGGCCUUCUUCACCAAGGAGAACGAGCUGAAGAGCAAAGAGGUGGGUGCACAGAAGGAGGCACCUCCACGGGAGCAGGCGGCAAAGUACUCAGCAGAAACCGGUAGGCUCAUCCCCACUUCCACACGAGCUGUUAGUCGUCAUGGCUCCCGCCAGGGCCAGCGAAAUCAUCCUUCAAGAAGAGAUGGAGUCCAGACUGUCCUUCUGCAGGAUCAGGAUCUGCUGGUCCUGGAGCUUCUUUGUCAAAUCCUGGAAACAGACUCACUGAGCAUGAUCCAGUUCUGGCUGCUCAAUGCACCACCCAGGGAAAAAGAUCUGGCUCUGGGACUCCUGCAGACAGCUGUGGCUCAGCUCCUCCCCCAGUCCCUCACAUCCAUUUCCGCAGAAAAGCUUCUGGACCAGCUGCAAGAAGCUCAAGAACCCCUUCAAGAAAAGCAAAAGCCACCCUCCAGUCAAUCCCCAAAGAAAAUGAAGACACCACCUCUAUCAAAAAGCGAAAAACCAGAGUACAUUGGAAAAGCACAAGUUCUCCGGAUGCACACAAGCUCGAACACAGAAGAGAAAGCAUCAAAGCCAGGGGCAGACGGUUGA